AUGACUGUCGCGAGCUUUCCAGCCUGCUUUGUCAGAGGCGGCACGUCGAAUGGGUUAUUGAUACAUCGUCGAGAUCUACCGGAAGAUGUAUCAGCCUGGCGGCCCAUUCUAUCGGCCGCAAUGGGGUCUCCGGACUCAUACAAUCGGCAGCUGGACGGCAUGGGCUCUGGCCUUUCAUCAACAAGCAAGAUCUGCAUCGUUGAGAAAUCCAGUCGGAUUGAAGCUGAUCUUGACUAUACGUUUGUGCAAGUGGGCAUCAAGGAUGGCUCUCUCGACAUGGCCGGAAACUGUGGUAACAUGUCAUCUGCCGUCGGUCCGUUUGGCCUCCACGAGGAACUCCUGCAUAACAUUCACGAAAUGGAGGAUAGUACGGGACACCGAACGAUCACUGUCCGUCUGUUCAACACCAACACCUCCAAGAYCAUCCAUGCAACGUUUAGCGUAACGAAGGACGGCUUAUACGAUGCGUUCGGCGAGUACAGUAUCGAUGGCGUUCCUGGCUUCGGAAGCCGCAUCACCAUGUCUUUUUUGGAUCCCGCGGGAGCAAAGACAGGCAAGACUCUUCCUACAGGCAAUCCGAUAGAUGAUCUGGAGCUGGAGAACGGAGAGUGUAUUCAAGCGAGUUUGGUUGAUGUAGCUAAUCCGGGAGUCUUUGUGCGAGCUACAGACUUGGACAUUCCAGGUGAUAUCAUGCCUUCGUCUCUUGAUUCUAUGACUGAUACCAUGGCCCGUUUGGAAAUGAUUAGGCGGAAAGGCGCAAGCAUGAUGGGACUCGAACCCAACACACAGAGUAUCCCAAAGAUUGUUAUUGUCUCCAAGCCUGACAAGGAUGCAGCAAAGCAGGGAACGCACAUUGUGUGUCGAGCACUGUCCAUGCAGCAGCCGCAUAAAGCAGUGCCUUUGACUCUAGCGCUGAAUUUAGGCGCUGCUUGUCGAAUUCCAGGAACGAUUCCGAAUUUGACUGCUCUCAAUGCCAAUGGGAGGGACUCCUUGACCAUUGCACACGCCAGUGGUAAGAUUGAAGUAGGAAGUGUCYUCGAGAAUGGCGAGAUCAAGAGUGCUUUACUUCAUCGUACGGCUAGAAUAAUGAUGAAAGGGGAGGUAUUCUACACAGCACGGGCCUAA